GGAGAAAGAAAAGGACCCAAUUCAUGGUCCAGACAGAGACUCUCUACGCUUCUUUUCCCAGUCGCCUCGCCUCUUCUUCUUGCAGCCUUGCCUCUCCCUUCGAGCAUCUCUUGCAUCUACGACAUCCUGUCGCAGCUUCGUCUCUUCCUCUCUGCAGCUGUCGAGGCCUUGUCUCUGCCCUCUCUUAGUCUCGCCUCUCUGACGGUUUAACCUUUACUCUGCGGGACUCUCUUUCCAGCUCUCGGCAGUUGCCAAGUUAUUUUUUGUUUCAACAAUUUUGUUAGUCUAGGGUUUCUUCCCACUAAGAAGAGAGUAUUGUUGGGGCCGAGCAAGAGAGACAAGGAAAUGGAAAAGAAGGCAGACAUUCAAACUCAGCAUCACAAGAAGCAAGUGCAUCUCUUUUACUGUGCAGACUGUGAAGACCUUGCCCGUAAAGUUGCUGCUCACUCUGAUCUCAUCACUCUUCAAUCCAUCAACUGGAGGAAUUUUGAUGAUGGGUUUCCAAACCUUUAUAUAAACAAUGCACAAGAUAUGCGAGGUCAACAUGUAGCCUUUCUUGCGGCAUUCAGUUCCCCAGGAGUCAUCUUUGAACAACUUUCUGUCAUAUAUGCACUCCCACGGCUGUUUGUUGCCUCGUUCACUUUGGUUUUGCCAUUCUUUCCAACUGGCUCCUUUGAGCGAAUGGAAGAAGAGGGGGAUGUUGCAACUGCAUUUACCAUGGCAAGGAUACUUUCAAACAUUCCCAUAUCAAGGGGUGGUCCCACUAGUCUAGUCAUUUAUGACAUACAUGCUCUACAGGAAAGAUUUUAUUUUGGGGACCAUGUUUUGCCUUUGUUUGAGACUGGGAUCCCUCUGCUAAAGCAACGUCUUCACCAGCUUCCUGACUCUGAUAAGAUUGUUGUUGCGUUUCCAGAUGAUGGAGCUUGGAAACGAUUCCACAAGCUGUUGGAUCAUUUUCCCAUGGUGGUGUGCACAAAGGUUCGUGAAGGUGAUAAGAGGAUAGUUCGACUAAAGGAGGGAAAUCCUGCUGGUUGUCAUGUAGUCAUUGUUGAUGAUUUGGUGCAAUCUGGAGGCACCCUUAUUGAGUGUCAGAAAGUGUUAGUGGCUCAUGGUGCGGCGAAAGUGAGUGCAUAUGUCACCCAUGGUGUGUUUCCUAAGCGCUCUUGGGAGCGAUUUACUCGUAAAAGUGAUGGCUCGGGGAAUGCAUUUGCCUUCUUUUGGAUCACAGAUUCAUGCCCCCUUACUGUCAAAGCCAUAGCAAAUAAACCUCCAUUUGAAGUUUUGAGUCUUGCUGGAUCCAUUGCGGAUGCUCUGCAAAUAUGAGCAAGGUACUUACAAGGGUUUUGUUAGGGUGGGAUGUUCAUGCAUACCUGUGAUAAAUGAGCCGAUAAUUCUAUUUUCAAAACCACUUUCAUGAUUUGGUUAUUUUCUAGAAAAAGAGAAUUCAUUUUCCUGUGCUAUUGGAAGUCAUUGUGGCACAAAAGAAUGAUUGAGCGAUAAUCUAUGCUAUAAUGGAUUACUGUAAAAUCAAUCUGGAGUAUUUUCCCCGA